ACAGCAGCGUUGGUGACCAGUGUGAUGCCAGGAGGCGGUAUGGUGGAGGUGUGGGUGGUGAUGGGUGUGUUGUGGGCGGUGCUCACCCCUGCCCUGGCCACCAACAACACGAGGAUAUAUAAGAAAGUCAGCAGCAACGUGCAAAUUACCUCAGACAUCCUCGCCUCGUACUCACUACCUGGGACAACUUCUAGCGCCCGUGUACCGUGUGCGUCGAGGUGCAAUACACAACACGGCUGCCAGGCCUUCAACCUCGGCCACAACCUCCCACACGAAUGUCACCUCCUCAACCUCAUCUUCCCAGAGACCAGAGUCCUGGCCCAACCCUUCGACCUUUACGUCUCUACUGACGUAACUACAACCAUCACCAACGACCAGUACCAGACGUGGGGGUAUUGGAGGUCGUGGACCAUGUGUGACGAUGGUUCAUUCAUUCACAAGUGGAAGGUCAAGUCGGAAGAGUAUGCCAACUCCACCAUGGCUACAGACCAUGUGGGUGUGUCAAUAAUACAAGUGACCUGCAUCUACCCCGGAGGCGCCCCAGCCUCCGUCCUCACCCAAGGCGUCACUGACUUCAUUCCUGCUGGGACCUGGAGCGUGCUGGAGUGUCCUGGUGGUACCUGGAUGAAGGGCUUCACACAGGCAGUAACGCCCACGCUCGGAGGUGGUGAUGACGAUGCUCUUGCCAACAUGAGACUUUACUGUUCCCAGGACUCUGCUGGAAGUGGAGUUGCAAAGCCUCGUCUACCAGCAGGAACAGCAGCGUUGGUGACCAGUGUGAUGCCAGGAGGCGGUAUGGUGGAGGUGUGGGUGGUGAUGGGUGUGUUGUGGGCGGUGCUCACCCCUGCCCUGGCCACCAACAACACGAGGAUAUACAAGAAAGUCAGCAGCAACGUGCAAAUUACCUCAGACAUCCUCGCCUCGUACUCACUACCUGGGACAACUUCUAGCGCCCGUGUACCGUGUGCGUCGAGGUGCAAUACACAACACGGCUGCCAGGCCUUCAACCUCGGCCACAACCUCCCACACGAAUGUCACCUCCUCAACCUCAUCUUCCCAGAGACCAGAGUCCUGGCCCAACCCUUCGACCUUUACGUCUCUACUGACGUAACUACAACCAUCACCAACGAUCAGUACCAGAAGUGGGGGUCUUGGAGGUCGUGGACCAUGUGUGACGAUGGUUCAUUCAUUCACAAGUGGAAGGUCAAGUCCGAGGAGUAUGUCACCCCCACCGCGGACAAAGACCAUGUGGGUGUGUCAAUAAUACAAGUGACCUGCAUCUACCCCGGAGGCGCCCCAGCCUCCGUCCUCACCCAAGGCGUCACUGACUUCAUUCCUGCUGGGACCUGGAGCGGUAAGUGA